ACGCUAACUUUAUAGCGCCUAUAAUUCAAACUGAACCUGGUUUAGUCAAUCAUCGUUGGCACUUAUUGAUCAGCGGAGGUGAAAAUGGUUUCCAUUCGAAUCAUUCAACUAUCAGCGCUCUUACUAUCGCUGCAAUAUGCGCAAGGGCUCAACUGCAACUUCUGCACAAGCAACAUCAACUGGGAGGAUUGUGUUAAAGUCACUACAAAUCAGACGUGCAACGUGCAAGAUGUGAACGCUUUGCAUCUCGAGGUGCAGGAACUUAAUCCAAAUUUUGCAACGGUCGAUCCCACCGCCAGCGUCGAAUUCCAGUGUAUGUCCAUUCACUUCGUGUUGAAAACUCUAUCCCCCGGUGUAAGUGAAACCCCAAGCAGCACGACGGGAAUUUUCCGUGGCUGUACUUUCCGGCAUACCAAGGUUUGCGAAGGCUGGCUUGAUCCCGUGGUAGUGGAAAGCUGCGCUACGUGUGACACCGAUCAGUGCAACAGCGGACGAUCGGUGCAGCCGUCAGUUUGGAUCAUGUUAAUCGGAGUGUAUUUGUUGGUGCAAAAAGUUGUUUUAAAUUAAUCGUUUCAACUUUCAUGUUGUGAUUAAUUUAUCAAUUAUAUUCUCUUGUGUAUGAUUAAAUAAAACAAUUUGUUCAGUA